AUGUGUCCGUGUAGUACGGCGGCCCGCAGGGAUCAGUCCGCUCCGCCGCCGCCGCUGACGAUGGGAGACGUUCUCUGCGAAGAGCUCGAGGAUCUGGUCCACUUCUCGGUGCCCGACCUGCCGGCGCGAGGCUACGUCGUGAUGGAGGAGAUCCGCCGCCAGGGGAAGCUCUGCGACGUCACACUCAAGGUUGGGGAUCAUAAGUUCAGCGCCCACCGGAUCGUGCUGGCGGCGUCCAUCCCCUACUUCCACGCCAUGUUCACCAACGACAUGGUGGAGUGUAAACAGGACGAGAUCCUGAUGCAGGGCAUGGACCCCAG